UUAGAAGUGGCCCGCGAAUGGCUGCCUAUGCAUUGGGGCCCAAAUCUGUCGAUUUCGACAAGGUAUGGGGUAAUUUACAGCCAUCCGUGAUUGAGAUAAUGAAUCUUCACCCCAUGACGAAGAAGGACUGGGACGAUAAGUUUCAUGAUGUUUACGAUAUCUGCGUUGCCAUACCUGAACCGCUUAGUAGUCGAUUGUAUACAUCAAUGAAGAAGUGCAUAGAAAUGCAUGUAACAAGUCUUUAUGAGAAAGUUGCCAAUGUUCCUUCGGAUGAGUUACUGAACCAGUACUACUCUAUGUGGAAGAUUUACUAUAAAGGAGCUAAUUAUGUUCACAGGCUGUUCGGGUAUCUCAAUAACCAGUUUGUGAAAUCAAAGCGCUCCGUAGAGGGUGAUGCAGUGGCAAGUUAUGCAACGUUUUUGCAGAAACCAGACGUGAAAGAAAUAGGCUGUUUAGCAAUGGAUAUAUGGAAGGAACGCCUCAUAGAGCCAAUAUUGGAUAAGCUAGUCAACUUACUUCUUGCUGCGAUAGGGCAAGACCGCCUUGGAAACGUGCCUCCAAAUAAGGAUGUUAUUGCUGGUGUAAUAUCGUCGUUCCUGCAGAUCGAAGAGUUCGAGUACUCUCCAAGUGAACCAGUUGCUCUUGGAGUGAAAAUCAACUAUAGAGAACCUCCAAGAGAGUUUUAUCAGGAAGCUUUCGAAUCAAGAUUUCUUGCCUCGACGGAGGAGUAUUACUCAGGUCUAGCACAAAAAUUACUAGCUGACAUGACUUGCAGCAAAUACAUGGAAGCUGUUAUUCGUUUAUGCCAAGAUGUAAUGAUUAAUGCUCAUAAGGACAAGUUGCAUGCUGUAUGUCAUGAGCUGAUUACAAACGAGGAAAGGAAAGAUCUGCGCAACAUGUAUAGGCUCCUGAAACCGAUUCCAUCUGGAUUGCUGGUAAUGGCAAAAGAAUUCGAAGAUUACGUUCGCAAGAAGGGUCUCGAUCUAAUAUCUACUAUUUCGGGAGACAAUGUUCCCCAACAGUUUGUUGACAAUGUUUUGAAGGUGCAUGAGAAAUUCCAUGCAAUGAAGACUGAAGUUUUCAUGGACGACGGUGACUUCGCAGGAGCUCUCGACAAAGCUCUUCAAAGUGUUGUCAAUGUGAAGGAAGGUAGUGGACCACCGCGUGCAAGCGAAAGGCUGGCCAGAUAUACAGACAAUCUGUUGCGAAAAUCAGCGAAAGGAAUGAGUGAGCUAGAAGUGGAUCAACAAUUGAGCAAAGCUAUAGUGAUAUUCCGAUAUAUCGAAGAUAAGGACGUGUUUCAAAAGUACUAUUCUAAAAUGUUAGCCUCGCGUUUGAUAAUGGGAUUUUCUGUUGCGAUGGAUGCUGAAGAGGCAAUGAUUAACAAACUCAAGCAAGCAUGUGGCUACGAGUUCACUAGCAAGCUAUCUCGAAUGUUUACGGAUAUUGGUUUGAGUAACGAAUUAGCGGACAAAUUUAACAAGCACCUUGAUAAAACUCAUACUUCCGUUCAUGUGUCCAUGCAACCCCUAGUAUUACAAGCUGGUUCUUGGCCCUUAUCUGCUCCGCAAGCGGGCUCUGCUAAUGGUAAUUCCGAAACGGCUUCAUUCAUUCUGCCACCAAUUUUGCAGCCAUCUGUGGAGGCGUUUGAGGAAUAUUACAUUGGAGCUCAUAAUGGGCGAAAACUCACAUGGUUAUUCAAUAUGUCCCAUGGUGAGUUGCGGCUGACUUAUCUGGACAAGCCGUAUCUAAUAUCUAUGAGCGUCCAUCAAAUGUCUGUGCUUUUAUGCUUCCAAACUAAAGACUCCGUUAAGCUUUCCGUGAUCUCUCUUGCGACUGGCAUUACCGGUGACGCGCUGCUAAGGAAUGUUCGUUCUAUCGUUGACGCUAAUAUACUUACUGCUUCUACUAAAGAACUGACUGACUCCUCAGAAUUAGUCCUCAAUAAAUCGCUGACCUGCAAACGGCUUCGAUUCCGCCUCGCUACUCCUCAAGUGGUGAAAAACGCGGAAAAGGAAGCUGAGUCCGUCAGCAAUACAGUAAGUGGAGUGCCUAUGGGCAAGUCUUUGUCAUAUGUCUCUCAAAAAAUUUUUGUCAUAAGUUUCUCAAAACUUUUUCUCAAGGUUACACACGACCGCAAAUACUAUAUGGAAUGCGCUAUAGUACGUAUUAUGAAGACCCGUAAGGUUCUCAAACACAAUGCUCUGAUUAGUGAGGUCGUGGAGCAGACGAGAAGCAGGUUCACUCCUGAUGUAGCUUUUAUCAAGAAAAGCAUUGAAGAUUUAAUUGAAAAAUUGUACAUUCAACGGACAGAUCAGAAUGACGAAUAUCAGUACCUCGCAUGA